CUUCUUCCCACUUGGUGGGCUGUAAGGAAGGGACGGCUCGGCAGAUCAAGCUAGCGAGCGACCAGAAGCUGACGCAAGCGCUGACAUUGGGAGAGUUCGAUGCAUUAAAUAAUAACACGAAGCUGCAGAUUGCGGGCUGCCUGACUCCUUUGAGGGUGGACUUCUACAAAGUGGGAGAGGAAGAAGCAGGGUAGGUCAGUACGUGGGAAGUGUUUCAGAGAGAGAGAGACGGAGAGGAGAGGGAGAGGGAGAGGUUAUGGAAGGUGGUGGUCCUCCAAUUCAUCCGUUCAUCUCGCCGCUCACUUACUUGCUGGGCACAUGGAGGGGUGAAGGAGAAGGCGGCUUCCCCACCAUCAAUUCCUUCAAGUACGGCGAAGAAAUCAAGUUCUGGCACACCGGAAAGCCUGUAAUAUCCUACACCCAGAAAACAUGGAAGUUAGAGUCUGGGGAGCCCAUGCAUGCAGAAAGUGGUUACUGGCGGCCAAAGCCAGAUGGUUCAAUUGAAGUUGUUAUUGCACAAAGCACUGGCCUUGUGGAGGUCCAGAAAGGAAGUUACAAUGCUGAUAAUAAAAUUGUGAAGCUUAAGAGUGACAUGGUUGGCAAUGCAUCAAAGGUAAAGGAGAUAACACGGGUUUUUGAGCUGAUCAAUGGAGAGCUGUCUUAUGUCGUGCAGAUGGCUACACAUUUGAACAGCCUUCAGCCGCAUCUCCGUGCCUUGCUAAGGAAACUUUGAAUCAAAGAGCAAUUGCAUUCUCUUUGUCAUGUUCAUCUUUUGUACUCUUAUUGAGUGUUGAUUAAUCAUUUUUUAAUCAUUCUAGAAAGUAUAAAAAGAAAAAGGAAAUGUCCAGGUUACCCUGCAGUUAAUUUGAACAAAAUCGAACCAGGCAAAAUGUAUUUUCUGAAUUGUUAGUCAUGCAAACUCUACUGCAACCCUUUC